AUGGAUGAAGUUACUAGCAUAGAAACUUCACCUUCAUCUAAUCAAGAAGUGCCAAAUGAUGCAACUCCUCUUUGGCAGUAUGUGAAUAAAGUAGAAAAACCACCUGGUUCUACUGCUAAAUCAAGUGGAAACACAUACUUUAAGUGCAACUAUUGUGGUGUAGUUUAUUUGGGAUCCUAUUUUAGGGUUAAGGCUCAUUUAUUAAAAAUUCCUAAUAAAGGUAUUAAAGCAUGCCCUAAGGAAGGGAGUGAUAGUACAAAUCCGGUUGAUGGUAAGAGGAGAAAGGUGACUAUAAAUUCUCCUUUGGAGAGAGCAUUCCAGAAUAAUGCUAAACAUGAAUUGGAUGGUAGAAUUGCUAGGAUGUUUUACACCAAUGGGCUUCCAUUUAACUUUGCAAAGAACCCAUAUUAUCGUAAUUCCUAUGCAUAUGCUGCUACCCAUAGCAUUCAGGGUUAUGUACCUCUUGGAUACAAUGCCUUGAGAACAACACUUUUGCAAAAAGAAAGAGCUCAUGUUGAAAGACUUUUGAAACCAAUUAAGGACUUUUGGCUUGAAAAUUGUGUAAAUAUAGUUUCUAAUGGAUGGUCAAAUCCACAAAGGAGGCCUCCUAUUAAUAUUAUGGCUGUAUCAGAUGGGGGUCCAAUGUUUAUAAAGGCAAUUGAUGGGUCAAGUGAGUUCAAAGACAAACAUUAUAUUGUUGGGAUGUUGAAGGAUACUAUAAAAAAAAUUGGACACGAAAAAGUUGUCCAAGUCAUCACUAAUAAUGCUAAUAUGAUGAAGUCUGUUGGAGCUCUUAUUGAAGCAAAAAACAUUGAAAAGAAUGAAGUUACAUAUGAGGAAUGUAGUUGGAUUACACAUAUUGUUGAUGAUGCAUCCUUCAUAUGA